AUGUCAGUGCGCGGGCCGAUGCGGCGGUCGCACUUGAGGCAAGUCAGCGCGGCGAGUUUGGAGAGUACCUCCUCCGCCCACUCACAAGAGGCCCAGCAUGACCACCCCACGGAUGACAGGACCGUGAGGCUUUCGUCGACAAGUUGGACACGGCACCUAUGUGCAAUGUGGGUGCAUGAUGAGAUGUUCUCACGCGAAGAGAUCUUGUUAAAUCCAUCGGCGUUCGGUGAAACCGAUGUGCAAGUUGGGGACGUUGUGGAGAUUUUGCCCAUGCGGGUAGCUGGGGAGAGCGGCUAUUCCAAUCUUAAGCCAGAGGCGGCCUCAAAGGCAGGCCGCGAGGGGCACAUUGACAAGAAUCCGGCCUCCCAAGCGGACAACGCCUCUAAAUUCAAAACGCCACUACAAACCAGAUGUCUUUUUGUGGUGAAAGCUCUCCCGCCAGAAAUCAAGGCGCGACACCCUCAACUGGAAAUAUCGGUGACUAACAACCUCGCCAACAUCUUUGGUUUCAAGAACAGGACGCAGGUUCUCUUGUCGAUUGUGGAUCGGGACCAAUGUGCAGCAUCCCAUGUCGAUAUUGCGUUUCGUGAUCAGUACAUCGUCCGCGCUGACAUGUGGAGAUUGGUCAUGUCGGAACUGGUGGACAAAAUCAUCUACAAAGGACAAAAGAUCAUGUUCAUGGGAAGCAUCAAAGCCACAGUCAAAAACAUCUUCAUUCGGGAAAAGAAGUGUCUCUCGGGGUACUUUUCACCGCGAACGAUCCCUAUCUUUCGCAGCGAAUCCGCCAAGUAUGUUCUUUUCAUUCAGAUGUCAAGAGAGAUGUGGGACUUCGACUCCGAAGGAACUGGUGACAUUCUUUUCAGUCGCGUCAUCAAUGGCUUCCUACCAGAACUUUUCAAGAGAUGGCUCAAUUCCGACGCAAAGCAUCUGGUCACCAUCGUUCUCUUCACUCGUGUCGAAUAUGAUACCCCCGUGAACCCGGGUCAAUCUAAUAUGAGUGCUGGUAACUUCAACGGCACCACAGGGCCAAACAAGGUUCCGACCCGAGAUUUUUACCGUGUGGUGGUAAACGACAUGGCAAGUGGCCAUUGGACGACCAUUCUCGAUGAGUUGAAAAGGGAAUUCAGAUGCUUUCUGCGUGAUGUUUCCAUCCUCAAGACAGAUGAUAUCGAUGUUGCGUCAGGCAGUGGUAUCAAGAUUUCUUCCAAGCCUCAUAUGGCUACCAUUGCCGGCCGGCCUAGCUCAGCUUUACGGGGGAAUAUUUUAGAGGCCAUUCAUCUCGCUUCUGCUCACCUGGCCUUUGACCACAUCGAUCGAGAUAUGGUCCACACCGGUACCUCAAUCAUCGUUAUCACUCCUGGCAGUGGUGUAUUUGAAGUAUCAUAUGAGUCUCUGGCUUCAACGACAGAAGCACUGGCAAAUCGGGGCAUAGCAAUUGACUUGGUUUGCUUAAGCCCAAUGCCCCUUCACUCCGUGCCUUUGUUCAAAUACCGAGAACCAUCCGAUCGACAGUCCGGUACUGGCAGAGGCCCGAGUGACUCUCGCCUGAACAGAGUCUCUCCUGAGAUGCACCACUCUCUGUCGAGCGUCGUGAGCAGAUCUUCAUACCUCUCCCCCAGCUCAUAUCUGUCGGCGACCAGAAUCAGAGAGCGCAUGGGCCCUCAAUCCAAGGAGUGGAGCUACGGCAUCCCCCACUGGCUCGACAUCUCUUAUUGGAACCCUGAAACGUAUCGUGAGGCCCGGCGUAUCUUGAAGAAAGAUCCAAAUGCACCUAUAUCUUCCACUGUCACACGGCCGUCCAAAGCAUUCACGCCACGAGUUCGUAUGUAUGAAAUCCAAAUGAUGGGAGUUAUGGAAAGCGAGCAGUCAAACAUCUCUAUCCCUUAUCUCACCGAAGGUCGCGGCGGGGCAAGGGCUCGUGGCUCUUGGCCUGGAUACAGCUCAACCAACCGUGCGCCCCCUGCGACGCGCCCAGCCAAUUCAUCGUCCUUCAAGGCACAGCUCAGUGAGAGUCUGCGGCCGGGAUCUUUUAUACACAGCGCCUCAGACAACAAUGGAUCACAACUUCAGAAUGGCCCUAGUUCACGAAAAUCUGUGAUGGCGUGGAUGGAUCAAUACGACGAGGGUCUUUUUGCUGUCUCUCCAAAACAACACCAGACCCGCCGAACUUCCAAGCCGAAACGACCCAGUGAAACGGAGGUUCAAGCUGCUGGCGCCGGGGUACACGAGCGUCUGUCUGCACGCUCGAUAAUGCGCCUUCGCGACCAUGAAACCAAUCCAGCCGAAAAAAACGACUCUUUGCACCAUGGACCGCGAAGGAUUGAUUCAAACAUGACAAAACCCAAGAUUCAAGGGCCAGCCAAGAGCGCCCCGCCUGCUAAGCCAGCAUUGAAAAAGUCACCGGCCCCAAUGUCUUCUCGGAUCUCUAGGACAAUUAGCUUUGCACUUCGAGGCUUGAGUGCCACACCAACCAAAGCCCAGGCAAGCACCGGUGUGAAUGUGGAGCAUGCAAGUGCUUUACCCAUGACGAACCAGAAAACACCCGUUGGAUCCAUUUCCGACACCAAAAGCAUCGCUUCUCUAAGCCCGUCAGAGACAACGUCAAUUGCCACUGCUCUUGAACUGCCGUCGACACCUUCCACGCCUACAAAACCUCAAACUCCAUCUAAGCCGAUAUCCAUCAAAAUUCCACCUAAGAACCCCCCAAAGGAAGCAGAACAACCAGAGCGCAUAGGGGAGCGUGGAUCAUUGUCUUCCUCUGCGGUAGAGACACCAGCCCAUGAAGGGGGUCGACAUCAGAAUGCAGGACGUACCAAUGAUCCUAAAAUCGAAAUUACUCUCAACCACGGCCCACACGAACCACCUUCACGGGAUUCCCCAAGCAAAGCCUUAUCUCCGUGGGUUCGAUCAGUGAACCCAUGUAACACCCCUAAGGAUGUCCUGCGAGACACUAGUUGGUUUGGUCGUUGGCAGCACGCGUAUCCUCGGCCUCCACAUGUGGCUGUUGUCAAGUGGAAAAGUCUGAAGUCGCCGGCUGUGCUUCCAUUGACCACUGAAGAAAUUCCGACUGCCAGUGUCCUUGCUUCCGACUAUUUGCAGACACCUUAUCGAGUUUUCCCAAACGAGGAUCUGGAGGGAAUUGAAGCCCCUAGAACAAGGGGAGUCCUUCUUCGAGAAAUGAUAUCCCUGCGGCUCUCACAUGGCUUCCAAAUUAUCGUUGGAAAACACGUCGCUGAGGUUGCAGCACAACCCGCUCUUGAAUCGCUGAAUGUCUUCGAUUUCAGUGGGCUUGGUCGCGAUGGACUUACCGUGUUUCUCUCCAAAGGGAACACUAUUCAUCGAUUGGUGUGCGUUGUGGGCGGGGAGGUUGAAGUGACGCGCUUCACACACCAGAACUCCGCGAUGCCUACCUACCCGAAGAAGUCUAGUCACACUCUUUACCAACCGGCCAUGAAGACGAUUCUCAGCCGGGAGUAUGAAAUAAAAGACGUCAAACUGGAUCCCACGUCCGAGGAGUACAAUUGGAAUUAUGCCGACAACUAUGUGGCUGGUCAUCGAGAUUAUCUUCAAAACCCAGCGCAGCAAUUACAUUUCUGGCGAGUUCGUUACGUCUUGAUUCCACUUCAGCUCCACCCUAGCUCUCGAACUCAUCUACACUCAUUCAGUGAGGAUAACGAAGAAGAGAUUCAUCUGCUAGGGAUCAGUCAGCUGACCCACAUCUGGCAACGUUACAAGUACGUCUCCCCGGAAGAGAAGCUCUUUGAGACAUCGAAUCCGAAGAGAGAUCAGAACCCUUUGAAUAUCAUGUACCAAACACGCAACCCUUCGGAGAUUGUUACAGCAGAGCUCGAUCGACUGUUGCUCACUGAUCCGGGGCUUGACAACGCGCCGGCUCAGCUCUUGCCCGAAUCUGAAUUGUUGGACAGAUCCAAUAUCAGCCUCUCCUCCCUGGCGCAGACCAUUCAGGGCGAGAAGGGUGUGCGAAUGAUGGAUCGAAGAUGGCAUUGGAGACUGCAUUACAAUUGCUUCAUCGGGUUCGAAUUCACAACUUGGCUGAUGCAGAACUUCCGAGACAUCGACACUCGCGAAGAAGCAGUGAAGUUUGGCAAUGAUUUGAUGAUCAAGCAUGCCCUGUUCCAGCAUGUUGAGAAGAGACACAAUUUCCGCGAUGGGAACUACUUCUAUCAAGUAUGUGCCGAGUAUCGAGUCACGCGCCCAGAAUCGCGAGGAAGCUGGUUCCCCCAGCUCAGACCGGAUAAGUCGAUGCCAUCUACACCCGCCAUCGGGACUUCAAAAGAGUCACCUGCGAGUAUGAAGGCUCGAUCGGAUAGCAUUGACGACCGCACCCCUCAAACUUCCAAUACUCCUUCCAAGGCUAAAAACAAAGUUGCUAUCAUGUUAUCCAAGUCCAUGAAGUAUGAUGUCGAUCCGCGAAAGCGAUCGAACCGACCAGAGGUGAUCGAUCUGCACUAUGACCGACUUCACAAUCCCGAGAACUGUUUCCACAUUGAGCUCAGUUGGAUGAGCACGACCCCGAAGCUGAUUGAAGAUGCUGUUCUAUCUUGGGCCUCUACCUCGGAAAAGUUCGGCCUGAAAUUGGUACAGGUCCCAAUCUCCGAGGCCUGCGCGAUUGACAAAACUCAACCAUUCCGCAAACCCUAUGAGAUUAAGCUCAAAGUCCCACCUCCAAAGGGGCCACUUCAUACUGUGUUCAACAAUGCCUCAUUCGCACAACCAGGUCCACCCGAUCACCUCUAUUACCAAAAGGCCUUGCUGCGGAAGUUUGACUUCGUGCUCGACUUUGAGGCAUGCUCUGCCUUCCCGGCAGACGUAGAGGUAUCUUAUUCCUGGGGCAAGCCCGAUUACCAAUAUCCUCAAUUCAUCCACCGGAGUGGUAGUCUUCUCGCCCAGAUCACGGACGAAGGCGAUUUCCUUCUUCUUGCCAACCGACUCGUGAGCACUCGCAGCACCGCAAGUCGAGACGCUGGACGCUUUGAGAGCCAUACAAGACCAGAUUUCAGGGGGCGCACAGGUAAUCAUGAUGGGAUUGACCGUGACCGCAUCUCGCCGCGGCUGUCCCCUCUUACCCGCCCGGUUCACGACAUCGGUAGCCCAAUGACCUCAUCUACUUCCUCCAACAUCGACUCGGCCAACUUGUACCGUGCCCCCGAGCACAUACUCAAUGGUCUGAUGGAGUUCUGCAAUGAUGCCACUCAAUUGGAACAAUUCUAUUCGGAAUCACACGCUCGCCCACGAUCCACGAAGGUGGAGCCCUCCACCACGAACUUGAUGGAUGCCUCGAUUCCCUCACUUGAGCUUCCUGCCAGUGUAGUCAGUCAUAUCUCGCCGCCGCCGGGUUUGCCAUCACGGAUCACCAAUGAGACCCAAGGACUGGUCUCGCCGGAACUCACGCGAGCCAGAGCCCGAGGGGAAAGCCUCAGCUACAAUGCGAGCCCCAGGAGCGGCAAUCUACGACCCUUGAUAUGA